CUUGGAGAGAAGACAGAUAGUUAAAGAGCUUUCUUUUUCCCUUCGGUUUUGUCUUUUACCUUCUUUCCCUCUCAUUCUUGCGUAAAUACUUUUUCUUUUCCCUCGCUUCUCUUAUACUGUACUACAUUACUGAAAAUAAUAGCAGCAACAGCAAUGAUUCUUAUCACCAGCGCUGACCAUUAUAUUGGACACUGUGUCACAUCUCAUUUGGCACGAUACGACUAUCUUCGAAAACAAUUACGAGUCCUCUGUCAGGACAAGGCACCAUGCCUAAAUUUCGUUAAUAAAGGCAUCGAUGUACGCCAAAUUGACUACAUGCAUCCAAACGACCUUGCCCUGGCAUUCCAAGGCGUCGACCAUAUGAUUUUGGCGAUUGGCAACGAAGCUGACCGUGUUGCAUGCUGCGAGCGAUUGUGCCAAGCUGCAAGUCGAUCUGGUGUAAAAUCAAUCGUCUGCAUAUCGCACGUUGGUGCAGUAUCAAGCGAUCACGAAACCUUGGGCCAUUAUGCAUCGAUCGAAGACGAGGUGAUUACCAGUGAGUGCCAGUGGACUAUUCUUAGACCUGAUUGGAUCCAUCAAAACUUCCAUUUCUGGUCCACUCAUGUAGAGAAGAACCGUCACUUACCGCUACCUAUACCUGAAAGUGCCGAAAUCUGCCCACUGGAUAUUACCGACCUGUGCAGAGCUGUGGAAAACUUGCUUAUUACUGCUGACAAGAAGGACAUCCGACCCGAGCUUAUCGAUGACCACGUUGGCCAAGUAUAUACACUGACAGGUCCGCAGGCUGUCAAUGGCAAGCAGCUGGUCUACCUGCUCAGCAAGACCACCGGCUUCGAAAAGUUCGAAUAUCGGUACGUUCGGCCGAUGGAUACAGCAUACUAUCUGGACGAUCUUCCCAAAGACAUAUGGUUUGAUGCUCGAGUCAAACAUGAAAAGAGCCAGAUAUACAGCGACAGCCUCGAUGGCUACGAUUACCGCACUCGCCUUCUGCGUGCACCCACACCGACGCAGACCAAGACAUUUUUAGAGUAUUUUGACUGGGUCCAUAACCAAGCAGGCAGUCUUUGCGUACCACAUGUCAGCAUCAUUACUGCGCUCCCACCCCGGUCCAUUCGCAAGUUUUUCCAAGAGAAUGCCAACAGCUUUAAACCUCGCAUAUAAAAAAACAUAAACAGCAUCCUCUACAGACCUCCCACACAGCCCACACUAUCCAUUACACACUAUUCUAUUCACAGCACCACAUCUACAUUUGCUUUUAACUACAUUCUUCUCUUUAUACCUGUGUCCCCCCUUCCUCUCGCUCCUCAAUGCAGACGAGCCGAACUGUAAGAUUCUU